AUGUACUGGCUUCCAUUUCAAGUGGUUGCACUCCUGACUGCGUGGGCUAUACCGAGCGUCGGUGCAACUACGUCGCUUGUCCGCGAUAGCCAUGAAGCUGAAUGCCCCGAAGGAGACCCCGACUUGACGGAGCUAGGAAAGAAGCUCUCGAGUACUGGCAAGAUCUAUUGCCCCGGGUCGACCGAAUUUGAGAAGGCAUCUACACGAUGGUCUAUCUUAGGUGCCCCCAAAGUCAACGUUGUUGUGGUUCCAGGGACGGAGAAAGACGUUGUCGAAACGGUUAAAUUCGCCAAGCAAAAAGAAUUGCCUUUUCUCGCCUACAAUGGCGUGCAUGGAGCCAUUACCACUCUGGGCAAGAUGGAUCAUGGUAUCGAGAUCUACAUGAGACAGCUGAGCAGCGUAGAAAUCUCGAAAGAUGGGAAAACGGCCAAGAUCGGGGGCGGUACCAUUUCCAAAGACGUCACCGACCACCUUUGGGAGGCGGGCAAGCAAACGGUGACAGGCACAUGCGAAUGCGUGAGUUAUCUUGGACCGGCUCUUGGGGGUGGGCAUGGAUGGCUCCAGGGACACCACGGACUCGUUGCAGACCAGUUGGUCUCCGCGAAUAUCGUCCUCGCCGACGGCAGCUUGAGGACCAUUGACGCCAGUUCCGACCUUUGGUGGGCUCUAAAGGGUGCAGGACACAAUUUCGGCAUUGUGACGUCCGUGAUCACAAAGAUCUAUGAUAUUCAAGAUAGCGAUUGGGCGAUUGACACGCUCGUCUUCAGUGGCGACAAAGUCGAAGCUGUCUACCAAGCCGCCAAUGAACAUCUCCUCAAGAACGGCACUCAGCCUGUGGAUCUCAUCAACUGGUCCUACUGGCUGAACGACCCUACCGCGGACCCGAACGAUCCCAUUAUCCUCUUCUACAUUAUCCAGGAAGGGGUGCAGAAGGUCGACCCAGUGUACACCAAACCAUUCCAUGAUAUCGGCCCGCUGUCUGCCGACUCUGUCGGAGGAAGCUACACCGACCUCGCUGGAUGGACCAAUAUUGCUGCGACCUCGCCGCCAUGCCAAAAGGCAGGACUCGCCAAUCCCCGUUUCCCCAUCUAUCUCCAGGGCUACAAUGUCCCGGCCCAGAAAAGGGCAUACGACGUGUUUGCCUCCGCCAUCCGCGGGUCCUCGGCUUUUAAUAAUUCGAUAUUCAUGUUCGAGGGAUAUUCCACGCAAGGUGUCCAGGCUAUCGACAGCAAAUCCAGUGCCUUUGCCUUCCGGGGAGAGAAUCUUCUCGCUGCGCCGCUCAUCACCUACGUGCCCGCCGGGGCGGAGCUGGAAGACAAGGCUGCGAAGCUGGGUAAUCGUCUUCGCAAUAUACUCCACGAAGGCAGUGGAUUGAAAGAAAUGGGCGUCUAUGUCAACUAUGCUUAUGGUGACGAGACGCCGGAGCAGUGGUACGGGGGUGAGCGGUGGCGUCAGGAUCGCCUGCUGUCCCUGAAAAAGGAGUACGAUCCCGAAAAUAAGUUAAGCUUUUUCGGUCCUAUCGCUUAA